AGGAUUGAUCACCCACUGCCAACAAUAACAAGUGUUUCACUUUCAUCCAUAGUCAGCAUCCCGCAACUAUUUUUGUACAAACCUAUAGUUUCUAGCCUACUCCUUGUUACAAAAUGACGGACGAGAAUACGAGUCAAAUUCUCCAUAUGGGGCUGGAGAGCCUCACUACGGAUGGCAAAGCGACAGAGGACUAUACCGAACAAGUAAAGGAGCUUCUGGAGAAAAAGUUGCCUCCGUUGAUACAAAAAAAGCGUUUUGACGAUGCGGUGGAGGAAAUUCUUUUAUGGUGAAUGAGUUUUGAAAAUGCUACUUUUUACUAGUUGAUGUUGUACACUUGGAUCAUGGUCAUACAGAGUGUGAUUGAAAAUUGUUGAUUUUGUUUGAGUCGUGCUGCAUGACGACGAGUAGAUAAAGUCAGAGUAGUGAGUGUUAUUCAAAAUUCCUAGUCUCCACUUCCAGCACCAACAUCAUCACCAAUAUCACCACCACCAUCACUACCUCUCUCUGCCUAUCAUCCUCACCAUCAUCACUACCUAUCAUCCUCACCAUCCCUGUCCCCCUUCAUUAGCAACGCUGGAGAAGAAAUGCCGACAAGCAUGCGACGCGGUGUCGUGUUCGAAGUUGUGCAAGCGCAUUAUCCUCAUGUACAAGGACGAUGCGAAGGACUGGCAGACCAUGUUGGACUAUUUCUCGAUAUUGACGAAGAAGCGAGGUCAAUUGCGACGCGCUACUACGGAUUUAGUCCUCAUGGGGAUGGAGUGGAUCAACCAGACGCCAGCACUGGACAAAACCAAGCGAGAUCAAUUGAUUUAUGAAGUAGACUUGAACUUCUGUAGUUGUACAGAACGAGCUAUAUUACAGAAUCAAUCUCUUUAAUAUCCGUAGGUACUUCUCAACAAUCACCACAGAGUAUCAACAAAUAAAUAGAAAUGUCCAAAAAUAGCAGUAUCAAAACUGGACAGAUUAAAUACCUGUACAUACAACCUUUAGCUCCCUUACCCUGCUUUCAUUUCCCGAAGGUUCUGGACCAGAUUACUGAAGCAAAGAUUUUUGUCGAGGUGGAGCGCGCCAGGCUAAUCAAGAUUAUGGCUGACGACUUAGAGGCAGAAGGCAAGCUAGACGAAGCGGCUGCACUGCUUCAGGAAGUCCAGGUAUUCAACAAUUAUCAUGGCAAUGGAAUCGGCAAGAAUUUGAGGCAGAAGCUUUUCAUUUUAACAUCAACGUUCCUGAGCAACACGUACUACAGUACAACAGGUGCUUACUCUUUUGUACUCGCAAACUGAAUCUGACACCAGGUCGAAACCUUCGGUUCUAUGGAGAAGAUGGAGAAGGCGAAGUUUAUCUUGAACCAAAUGAGGAUAAUGCUCUUGCGUCGGGACUUUAUUCGAGUGCAGAUCGCCUCCAGGAAGAUCAACGAGAAGUUCCUAGAAGCCGAGGACUUCCAAGAUAUUAAACUCCAGUACCAGAGCAACAUGGUGCAGUAUUAUCUGCACGAAGAGCAGUAUUUGGAAGCGGCAAAGUGUUUUGAGAAGAGUUUGAAUACCAAAUGCGUGGCUGAUGGAGAGCAGGCAAAGUGGGAACCAAUUCUGUCGAACUUGCUGAUCUACGUCUUACUGGCGACACGAAGCACUGAACAUUAUGGCUUUGCGAAAAAGCACUCUCCAUUUUUGAAGGCAAUGACACUUGUCAACACGACAAACCAAUAGAAUCGUAGCAGAAUAACCCUAGUAGACUCCUAGUGAAAACUAGGACCCACAGUUUCACAACUUCUAAUGGCAAACGGAAAUGAUGGCGAAAUUGAUGAAAGAAGUGCCUAGGAAGAAGUUGGAAGCCGUGGAAAAGCUCCAAUCGCUAGUGAAAGACUUCCAAACAGACAAGCUUCUCGCUUGGCCACUACCGUGCGACGCUGAGCUGAAGCAACAUCCAGUCUUCAAAAAGCCAGCUGGUAUUGGUUUUUUUUUCGGUCUUCCACAGCUAAGUCUAGACUUCUAUUGCGUUGUGAACUAGACUGAGCAACACCUACAUCCAGGUUGACAAUUCCCUCUCUUGAACCUUACAAUCCUAUCACUCAGCACCUCAUCUUCUGGUUAUGAUCUCUAUCUCUCCACAGCAACCGCUACGACGAAGAGUGGGACAGUUGCGGAUUUGAUGGCGCUGUUGCGCAAGCGUGUAAUUCAGCAUAACUUGCGAGUCGUUUCGCUCUAUUACGUCCGCGUCGAGACCACGCGAUUGAUGGCACUUAUGAAAAAAGAAAGGCUACCAGUUAUAGAAAUAAAUCAGUCCGCAGGAAUCAGUAGAAAUAAUUGUUAGUGAAAAAUCGGGUCUAUCAAUACCUCUUUGAGUGAAAAAGAUGUCAACAGGCAUAGACUAAGACCCAGUAGACAUCAUCAGCACCAAGUCAAACUAGUAGCUGACAGACGUACCACUAGUGUGCCAUUUCCGAUUUGAUAACUUGAAUAAAUAGUGUCGCGAACAGUCGGGUAUUUUGCUUUUCAUUCUGUUGCAGUGUCCCAACUGAGCCCCCCCUUUCUUCAUCUUCUUCCUUGGCCUGACUCAGAACGAAUUGGAGGAGGAGCUGUCGGAAUUGGUGAUCGCCAAGUCAAUAUUCGCGCGAAUUGAUCGGCCCAAGGGCGUCAUUCGGUUCGGAGAUGAGCCUUCAGCGGAAGCGAAAUUGAACACGUGGUCAUCUUGUUAAGGCUCAGAUGGCUCAACACAUUUCAUUUUCUUGUUAUCUUUCCAAGGGUCGUUUCUGAAGAGUCACACAUUUCAUUUUCUUGUUAUCUUUCCAAGGGUCGUGCCUGAAGGAAAGAUACCUUCUGUUUUUCCAUCAAAGGAGAAAUACCGAGAGGUGUCUCUUAGAAAUGAACAAUGGAUUUGAGCUCUAAUCCUGCGUAGACACAGUGCUAGACUUGGUGAAGGACACAGGCCACUUGAUCCAGAAAGAAAGGAUGAUUCAGGAAGCGAAGGCUAAGUUGAAGAAAAAGUAGAUCAUUCGUGAAGUGUUAAUGUCUUCUCUCAAGCAGUGGUUUGCAAAGACUUCUAUGUAAUAAGACUAUUUAAGGAUCGAUGGAGAAGAAGUUUUUAGUUGUUCUUGCUGUGGUAGUUGCAGCAAUAGAAGUGAUCGGGUGGAUCAAGAAAGGGUUCGAUACAAGAUGGUGAAGAAGUUGUGUAAGUAUAAUAUUAAGGCCUUGACGAGCUUCUACGAACAUUCGACACCUUCCUCAAAGGCCACGACAACGACUAAAACGAUCCUGAUGUCAUGCGUUUUUGAGAGGUCGAAAUUGUGAUGAAAAAAGCGCUAUUAGGUUCCCCCCCUCACCCAAGCACCUCAAUCCAGACUAACGAGACGGUCAUCCUCCCGAAAAUACAAUGCCCUUUUGUAGAAGUAGCUGCGCCAAACGUGCGACCACUCUCAUCCCAUUAAGAUUUUUUUUUAUUCUUCAUCCCGAUUUGCUUUGACCCUGCCUUGGAUCUUCUCAGGAAGAAUGGGGGAGACGGAGAUGUUACAUCCUAGUAGAUGCCACAUCCUAGUUGUAGCUUUUUGCAU